CCGGACAUUUUGGCAAUUAACAUGGCAACUAUAGAAGAAAUUGCACACCAGAUUAUUGAACAGCAGAUGGGAGAGCUUGUUACAGAGCAGCAAACUGGCCAGAAAAUCCAGAUCGUGGCAGCACUUGAUCAUAAUACACAAGGCAAGCAGUUCAUCCUGACAAAUCAUGAUGGCUCUACUCCAAGCAAAGUCAUCCUGGCCAGGCAAGAUUCCACUCCAGGGAAAGUUUUCCUCACAACUCCAGAUGCAGCAGGUGUUAACCAGUUAUUUUUUACAACUCCUGAUCUGUCUGCACAACACCUCCAGCUCUUAACAGAUAAUUCUUCAGCAGACCAAGGACCAAAUAAGUUUUCUGAUCUUUGCCUAGUAUGUGGAGACAAAGCAUCAGGGCGUCAUUAUGGAGCAGUAACUUGUGAAGGCUGCAAAGGAUUUUUUAAAAGAAGCAUCUGAAAAAAUUUAGUUUAUUCAUGUCGAGGAUCAAAGGACUGUAUUAUCAAUAAACAUCAUCGAAACCGCUGUCAAUACUGCAGGUUACAGAGAUGUAUUGCAUUUGGAAUGAAACAAGACUCUGUUCAAUGUGAAAGAAAACCCAUUGAAGUGUCACGAGAAAAAUCUUCCAAUUGUGCUGCUUCAACUGAAAAAAUCUACAUCCGCAAAGACCUUCGAAGUCCAUUAACUGCAACUCCAACUUUUGUAACAGAUAGUGAAAUUGCAAGAUCAGCAGGACUAUUAGAUUCUGGAAUGUUUGUGAAUAUUCAUCAGUCUGGAAUAAAAACUGAGUCAGCUGUGCUGAUGACACCAGAUAAGGUUGAAUCCUGUCAGGGAGAUUUAAGUACCUUGGCCAGUGUGGUUACAUCAUUAGCAAAUUUUGGAAAAACUAAAGGUCAUUCUCAGAAUAGUAAUGAAAUGCCUAUGAUUGAAAGCUUAAGCAAUGGUGAUACCUCUUUGUGUGAAUUUCACCAAGAAAUGCAGACCAACGGUGAUGUUUCAAGGGCAUUUGACACUCUUGUAAAAGCACUGAAUCCUGGAGAGAGCACAGCCUGUCAGAGCUCAGCAGAGGGCAUGGAAGGAAGCAUACACCUAAUUGCUGGAGACCCAAGCAUAAAUUACAUCGAAAAAGAAGGGCCACUUCUCAGCAAUUCACAUGUAGCUUUCAGGCUCACCAUGCCUUCUCCAAUGCCUGAGUACCUGAACGGGCACUACAUCGAGUCCGCCUCCAGACUGCUGUUCUUAUCAAUGCACUGGGCACUUUCAAUCCCUUCCUUCCAGGCUCUAGGGCAAGAAAACAGCGUAUCAUUGGUGAAAGCUUACUGGAAUGAACUUUUUACUCUUGGUCUUGCCCAGUGCUGGCAGGUAAUGAAUGUGGCAACUAUAUUAGCAACAUUUGUCAAUUGUCUUCAUAGUAGCUUUCAACAAGAUAAAAUGUCAACAGAAAGAAGAAAGUUAUUGAUGGAGCACAUUUUCAAACUACAGGUUUGUAGCAGCAUGGUUAAACUCUGCAUUGAUGGAUAUGAAUAUGCUUACCUAAAGGCAAUAGUACUCUUCAGUCCAGAUCAUCCUGGCUUAGAAAACAAGGAACAGAUUGAGAAAUUUCAAGAAAAUGCAUAUGUGGAAUUCCAAGAUUUUAUAACUAAAACAUAUCCGGAUGACGCCUACCGGUUGUCCAGACUACUACUCAAAUUGCCAGCUUUGAGACUGAUGAAUGCUACCAUCACUGAAGAAUUGUUUUUCAAAGGUCUCAUUGGCAAUGUACGAAUUGACAGUGUUAUCCCACAUAUUUUAAAAAUGGAACCUGCAGAUUAUAACUCACAAAUAAUUGGUCACAACAUUUGAAAGCUGAGAUCUCAGUAUAAACUAAUUGUUCAUUCCCAGAACAGAAGACACCAAAUUGAACU